AUGUCGCUGCAGGCACCGGCCCGGGUCGCUGUAGCGACGACUGAAAGUGAUGCAGCUCAGAGCCAGCAGAUCCAGGAGAUUGCCUCCGAGGUUCUGCGGCUGCGGCUGGUCCAAUCGCAGUACAAGCAGUUGGAGGGCCAGCUACGCACCACAUCGGAGAAACUGCGAGACCUCCUUCCGGACAAGGCACCCCACUUCUCGCAGUACCUGGAGCAAGGUUUGCGCCCUGGGGGUACUGUCGGUACGCUGGGAGGUUUUCAUGGCGGCGCAGAACCUGAGAGCCUGCUGGGGAUCAUGGAAUGCCUGUGCGUCGUUUGCAACGCCCAAGUUUCUUCUCGACGGGAAGACCUCGUGGCUGCUUGUCAGUGGCUUCUCCAGGAUCCCAAGUGCCUGGCCGAAACUUUGGCCUCGCUGCCUGCCGCACCGGGAGCUUUGUCCCGGAGGUUGGCUCCCUACCUUCUAACAUGCGACAGCAGCUGGCGGGGAAGCUUGAAUGAGGCUGGGCAAUGCUACGAGGCGUUUAGAUCAUGGCUGUCCUGCUACUACCAGUACUCAUUGGUGUCUGCACAGAUGGAGGCCAGCGCAGCUCAAUUGCAGCUCCAGGAGCAGCUGCUCAAGGAGCUGAACAAGGAGCCAUCUCCAGGCACAGACGUCCCUCGCAGUACGCAAGUAAAAUCAGCGGUGUGGCGUCACUCGUCGGGUCUCAGGCGGUCGUCCUCUGUUCAGUCGACAUCAAGCGCAGGAAGUCGGCGGUCGCCAUCGCCAUCCGAUGUGAAGGCGGCAAGACCUGGCGAUGCCGGUGGUCGAAAGAGUGCAGGCGGUGCUAUUUCUUUGACGCGUGUCUCACGCGAGGCUUCUCAGAAGAGCCCACUCGGGCGCAGUGAGAAGUCAUUGAAAACGGCACGGGCCUCUGACAUCUUUGGGCUGGAGAUACUGGAGGCUAACUGCAAAGCAGUCGCGAGCUCACGUUGCCUGUCCGCUUGUGCUUUGUUGCUUUGCAGGGGUCAUGGCGAGCUUCUCCGUGAAAUCAGCCGUGCGCGUCGCACAAGGAAUGCUGAAGCGAGUCGAGUUCACUUCAAGGACUCGCGAAGGACCCUUGGCAACACACCGACCAUUUUUGCAGCCUACUUACCGGACACCACGGAGUUCAAGAAGCUACCAGUGGUGUAUUGGCUGUCUGGCUUGACAUGCACGGACGAGAACUUCUCCCAGAAAGCAGGCGCCUUCCAGGCCGCCUGUGACAAUCAGGUUGUUUUGGUGAUGCCGGACACAUCUCCACGGGGCGAUGGUGUACCAGACGAGGAGCCGCAUGCCUACGAUUUUGGAAUCGGAGCUGGGUUCUACUUGAAUGCCACGACGGACAAGUACAAGACCCACUACAACAUGUAUGAUUUUGUGGUCAAGGAGCUUCCUGACUUUGUGGAGGCCAACUUUCCCGUCAGCUCCAAGCGCGCAAUCUCCGGCCACUCUAUGGGCGGCCACGGUGCACUGACUAUCGCCAUGAAGAACCCAGAGAGGUACACUUCGGUGUCUGCCUUUGCCCCAAUCUGCAACCCAAUGAACGUUCCUUGGGGGCAGAAAGCUUUCAAGCUCUACUUGGGGGAGGACCAGCAGGGCUGGAAGCAGUACGACGCCACCGAGCUCAUCUCGCAGUACACAGGCAAAGAUCUGCAUAUCCUGUGCGACUGUGGGACGGCCGACAGCUUUCUCGUGGGCGACGUGAACCAGUUGCAGCCAUUGGCCUUCAUGGCCGCAGCACAGAAGGCGAAGAUCCCAAUCACCUUCAGGAUGCAGGCUGGGUAUGACCACUCGUACUACUUCAUGUCGACUUUCAUUCGUGAGCACCUGGAGCACCAUGCGCGCUUUCUGCAUGCGGGUGGCUAUGGUGCCUGA